AUGGCUUCAGAAGGAGAGUCAGGUUCUCCUGAAAAAAUCUCAAUUACUCCUUUGCUCAAGCGAUUGUGGCCUGAACCUGACCACAACAAUGUCACGGCGGACGAGAUCGCUUCGGCUAUCUCUUACAUAUUCACAGACCAACUGUCUCCGGUUCAGACGGGAGCACUUUUGACGUGUCUGCAUUUCACAGGCUGGGAUCGGAGAGCGGAUGUUAUUGCGAAAUGUGCUGCUGCUAUGAGAGGAGCUGCUUCUCAGAUUGACAGGGUGGCUUUGGAUAAGGUUGUCAAGGCACAGGGGAGAUCCGAGGGAGAGUAUCAUGGAGGCCUCUGUGAUAUUGUUGGCACGGGAGGCGAUUCACAUCACACCUUCAACAUUUCCACAACUUCAUCGAUUCUGGCCUCCUCUUUACUCCUCAUGAGUAAACAUGGAAACAAAGCCUCCACUUCAAAGUCGGGAUCAGCAGAUCUACUCAUGUCCACUCUUCCCACGGCCCCGAACCUGCAUGCUGUCACUCCAGAAACACUCUCCAAGAUCUACGAGAAGAGCAACUACUCUUUCCUUUACGCACCUGCCUUCCACCAAGGCAUGAAAUACGUAGCUCCAAUCCGGAAAGAGCUCGGCUGGAGAACAAUCUUUAACCUGCUCGGCCCCCUUGCCAACCCCGUCGAAGGCAACAUCGAGGCUCGUCUUCUAGGAGUAGCUCGCCGAGACAUCGGGCCUGUCUUUGCCGAGGCCUUGCAAAUGAGCGGCGCUAGAAAGGCAAUGGUCGUCUGCGGUGAAGAGGACCUUGACGAGAUCAGUUGCGCAGGUCGGACGUACUGCUGGAGAUUAGUCGAUCGAUCCACGUAUUCGGAUAAGGCUGCGUCCCCGAACGAUAUCGACAUUCAAAGUUUCACAAUAUCAGCCUCUGAUUUUGGCCUGCCAGCUCACGCUCUCAAAGACGUAUCACCUGGGAAGGAGCCACAUGAGAAUGCAGUCAUCUUGACCGACCUCCUUAUGAACCGACUCGCUCCGGACAACCCGAUUCUGGAGUUUGUUCUUAUGAACACUGCAGCGUUAUUUGUCAUCUCUGGUAUCUGUGAGGCAGAUACUAGCGAUAUGGGCCAUGGUGACGAUGGGAAGGUCAUCACGGAGCGCGGCCCCGGUGGUGGACGAUGGAAGGAGGGCGUCCGGAGAGCUCGAUGGGCCAUCGAGAGUGGCGAGGCUUGGAGACAGUGGAGGAAUUUCGUGGAAGCGAGUAAUAGCUUCGGCCUCUAA